GAGCUGGGUCUCUGCGGGCCAUUAGUCGGUCUAGGCUAUCUGAACCGACCGGAACUGAGUCGCGAGCGAUUUUUUUGCUGCCCUGAGACCGGAAAGCGAUAUUUUCUGACUGGGGAUUUAGUGAAGAUAGAAAAGGAGAACCUCCAACAUAACAUUAAGGAUAUAUUUAAGCGAGGCGACGACAAAGGCAAACAUGAGGACAAUCUGGAUAUCUUCGCAAGCAGAAGCACGUCUCAACACGACCAGAGACAAGAACCUCCAGUUUUACGUCUCCUUGGUCGCAAAGACGAUCAAGUGAAGAUUCGAGGUCAAAGAAUCGAACUGGGUGAAAUCGAAAGUUGCCUU